GAGUCGGGUGAAAACUUUUCUUUGAGUACAACUUAAUUAGUUUGCAACUUCUUUGGGGAGCCAACAAAAACAAAAAAAAAAUUAGAAAAAGGGCAGUGGAAGAGGAUGAAGAUGAAGAUUGAGGAAGUGCACCAUCCUUGUUGCAGAAUCAGAAAAAGGCCCUUAAGCCUGACACUUUCAACUGGAGCCUCUAAGAGUAGUUCCACAACUGAACCAGACCCCGAAUCCAACAAACCAAUCUUCCAGUUUGAGUCUUCAAAGGAAAUAAAAAUUCAACAUGAAAGCAAAGCAACUGCAACCUUAGAAACUGAGACCGAGUUUACAAGAGAUGCUCAGGCUAUACGUGAGAGAGUUCUUAAGCACUUUGAGGAGGCUUUGAAGGGAAAAAGCACCGGCCCUGGAGAUGAGAAGUUAUAUGAGGGCAUCCAUGGGUAUGUUGAUCAUAAAGCUGGGCUUCGAAGGGAGCAAACAGUUUCUAGUGAGAAAGCUGGAGGGGCACAUUGGCCUCUUAGGGCAUUUGCUCACAUUAGGGUAUCAGCAAGGUUUGAUUAUCAGCCAGAUAUUCGUAAAGACUCUGUUUCUAAUUAGUAUCUGUUGGCUUUGGCUUUGUUUCUGAAAGCAAUGUUUCAUCAAGGUGGUUAGUGCCCGAGGGAGGGAGGGAGGGAGAGAUCAUCCCAUCAAACUUCCAAGUAGUUACCGGAUAAACAACCACUUACAUUCAAGAAAGUAUGGUUAUCUAA